AACAUGGAGUCUAUCUUGCAGUCAUGAUCUGAUGAGACUCGAUGCUAUGGAUUUCUUCACGUCACUUGGAAGCACACAAUGGCUCUCCAUUCUCGUCUAUGUCGGGGGGCUGUGGCUCCUGGUUAAGGUGUUCCAAACUCUUCGUAUCGCCUACUUCAGCCCUCUGAGUCGGAUCCCCGGUCCGUGGUAUGCGCGAUUGACUGGGCUCCGUCUGUCCUGGUCGGUAUUUGCCAACAACCGGAUUCAUUACGUCCAUAAGCUACACCAGGACUACGGCCCCAUUGUCCGGAUUGGACCGCAGGAGGUCGAUGUGGCAGACCCAGCCUUAGGGCGGGAGAUGCACCGCAUGGGAUCCGGGUUUACCAAAGCUCCCUUCUACGCGUUGCUGUCCCCAGGCCCCGUCGACAACAUCUUCAACUUCCGCGACGCCAAACUUCACGCGGCGCGGCGGAAGCUGUACGCGCGCGGAUUCACCCUGCAAAGUCUACGGAAAGAGUGGGAGCCAACCAUACGCGAGAUCACCAAGAUGACGGUGCAGCGCAUCAAACAUGAUGCUUUAAACGGAGAGGCGGAGAUUAUGGGAUGGUGGACGCUCAUGGCGAACGAAGUGGUUUGCCGGCUCACGUUCGGUGGAGGCGCUGGAACGGUAGCCAAAGGGGUCAAGGAACCGUUUGUCCUCAUGCUGGAGCGCCGCAUGGGGGAUCUCGCCCACCUGCUCAAGCAUUUUGCGCCGCCGGGCUAUUACCUGGGGCGCAUGCUGGCCCAUGUUAUCCCCCAGCUACAUGACGUAUUUUACUCGCAGGAAAAGAUGUUUGCCGCCGGAGGAGGUGUCGUCUCGCGGGCAAGGGCCGUCAAGCGUGACGGCGACGACAGUGGUCCCAGCAAUCUAUUCAAUAAAGCCCUCGAGGCAGGCAGUCUAACGGACACAGAUAUCAUCACCGAUGCCGGAGCCCUGCUAUUGGCAGGCUCCGACCCGACGGCAAUCUCGCUGACUUUUCUUCUGUGGUGCGUGCUGAGUCGGCCCCAGAUUCAACACGAGGUCGAAGCAGAAGUAGCCCAGCUCGAGGGUGAGAUCACGGAUGCCGCCUGUGAGGGCUUGCCUAUUUUGAACGCCGUCAUCAAUGAAAGUCUCCGGCUCUAUGGAGCAGCCCCCGGGUGUAUGCCGCGCAGCCCACCGCCGGGGGGGGCGACGCUCGGGGGAUACUUUCUCCCUGCGGACACGGUGGUGGUGACACAAAACUGGAGUCUCCAGCGGGAUCCUAACAUCUGGGAGAAUGCCAAUUCGUUCGACCACACGCGAUGGCUUCGGGAGUCAGGCAUGACGGAGCAGGCCAAGAUAGCAUUCAACCCAUUCGGCCAUGGGGCACGACAGUGUUUGGGUAUCCAUCUUGGCCGGGUUGAAAUGCGGCUGGCCACGGCCAUUUUUUUCCGAGAAUGUGCAGGAGCGCGACUUAGCGAGAGCGUAACGGAGGAAAGUAUGCAGGUGGUGGAUAGCUUUAUCGCGGGAGUGCCUCGAGACCGUCGCUGUACUAUCCGGCUGGGCUAGAUUCAUCCUAUCAGGCGUACGCUAUUAUCCUAUUCCAGCUGCAAUCUCGUAUGUACUUCGGGCCCAAGUCCAGACAGAGGUCGUAGGAACAGAGUAUAGCCC